UCCACCUCCCCCCCCCCCCCCCCCCCUCCUCCUUUCAUGGCAGGAAAGGCUGGGGUGAUGAUGCCCAUAAGCCAUCCAAUUUGACCCAUGCCAUCCUGGACCUAUAUACAUACCGUCCCUGCUCGCACAUUCGCAAUCUCUACUUCUCUACCACUGCUGUGCUAGCUCCUCUCUCUCUCUUCCUGCUUUUGCCUCAGCCUGCUGCAAGCUUUUGCUUUGGUUUAGGUGCUUCUUUUCCACUCCUUUACUGUUCCCCCACUUUUGCUUGCUUUGUCACGCACACGAAAAGCUCCUGCCUUUACCUUCUCGGACCUUAUCUCCGCCCCGUAGUGGGAUUUGGUGGGAGCUGCGCUGCUUGCCCCUCGCGUUUCUUUGCUCAAUUGGGGUCGCAGCUCGCGGGUGCGCGUGCGCGUGCUCGUGCUCGGAAUUCGGGUUCUCUGGGUGGGGAUUGCGCGGUACCCUGGGCGAUUGCGGACGCUCGCUGCAGAUCUUUGCGCAAUUCCGGCGAGACGGAGAUGAACUGUGGGCCGCCCGACCAGCUGCCGCCGGCGUCGGCGCCGUCGGCGCCGUCGUGCUUCCUCAACCUCAACUGGGACCAGUCCAUGGCCGCCGCCGCGGCCGGCGACCACCUCGACCCGGCGCUCAGCUCGAUGGUCUCCUCCCCGGCGUCCAACUCGACGGCCGCCGCGGCGACUGAUGGGCUCGCUCUGCACGGGAUCUCGCCGCAGCCGCAGUACGGCGGCACGCCUCUCAGCUCGCCCCCCAAGCUCAACCUCUCCAUGAUGGGCCAGUUCCACCACUACCAGCCGCCGCAAGUCGGUGGCGCCGGACCCGGCGGCUUGCCAAUCCUGGAGAACUUGAUGCCGAUGGGCCACCUGGACCAGUUCCUCGCCGACCCAGGCUUCGCCGAGCGCGCGGCGAGGCUUUCCGGCUUUGAUGGCCGCCCCGGUGGAAGCGGCUAUGGCGGCGCCGUGCCGGGACAGUUCGGCCUCCCGGACGCCGGCCCCGUCGGUGCAUUGAAGGAGCUGGAGCUCGGGAACGGCCGGGAUGAGUCAUCGGUGUCCGAUCCGGCGUCGGCCAGCGCGGAGAUGGCGUUGAAAGGUCCUUCCGACGGCAAUGCAAAGAAGCGGAAGGCCAGCGGGAAGGGGAAAGGCAAGGACGGCCCUGGGUCCACCGCCGCAAAGGAUCCCGCCAAGGAGGAAUCCAGUGGGAAGCGGUGCAAAUCGGCGGACGAGAGCAAUGGCGCGGAGGACAACUCCGGCAAGGGGAAGGCCGCGCAGAGCAACAGCGAGAAUGGUGGCAAGAAGCAGGGGAAGGACACAUCGAAGCCCCCCGAGCCGCCCAAGGACUAUAUCCAUGUCCGGGCGAGGCGCGGUGAGGCGACAGACAGCCACAGCCUUGCUGAGAGGGUGAGAAGGGAAAAGAUCAGCCAGAGGAUGAAGCUGCUGCAGGAUCUUGUGCCGGGUUGCAACAAGGUGGUUGGCAAGGCAGUCAUGCUCGAUGAAAUCAUAAACUAUGUGCAGUCCUUGCAACGGCAAGUCGAGUUCCUGUCCAUGAAAUUGGCUACUGUGAAUCCCCAGCUGGACUUCAACAAUUUGCCUAACCUCCUUCCUAAAGAUAUACACCAGUCCUGCGGCCCGAUGCAGAACUCGCAUUUUCCACUGGAGACCUCAGGUGCACCGCUGCCAUACCUUAACCAGUCUCACCAGGGGAGCCCUCUAGGUUGCAGCCUGACCAAUGGCAUGGACAACCAAAGUAAUAUGCACCCACUUGACCCAGCAUUUUGCCGGCAGAUGAAUUCUCAACAUCCUUUUCUCAAUGGAGUUAGCGAUGCGGCCUCGCAGGUUGGGACUUUUUGGCAAGAUGAUCUUCAAAGUGUUGUUCAUAUGGAUAUUGGGCAAGGUCAGGAGAUUGCAGCCACCUCUUCGAACAGCUACAAUGGUUCGUUGCAAACAGUCCACAUGAAAAUGGAGCUUUGACAUAGCUGAAAUUCAAUCCAAAGCUCGACGCCCGUGUAUAUAAAGACGAGAGAUCAGCUUGCAGCGGAAGCACUCUGAGAUUCAACCUAACAACGUUGGGCCCUAGCAGUGUUUUAGCUUCUAAUUUUCCCCUUGGUGUAAUCAUUCUUUGAACAAAAUGUGAAGAGCACCACGCAUGACGGUUGGUUACGCCUUCGCCUAUUUAGCUGCAAGAUCGCACGCAACGAAAUGUGGUGCCUGCCGUACAUGCUCAAUCAGACCCUUAUCCUCUCAAGCGAGAGGGAAGACCUGUAAUAUCAUUUGUAUUGCCAUUAUAUUUGUAGCUGAUAAAUAUAAAUAUUUAAGAUCAUCCCUAUUACUGUC